GUUACAUAUAAGAAAAUAUCAACAAUAUUUGACUUAUCUAGUGUAAAAUAGGGUUUAAAUUUUAAAAAUAGUAUACAAAGGUUGUAGUAGAUGGCGUAAUGUUUAGACAAGAAAACAGAAUUGAUAGUAACAGGAAUUGGUGACUUUAUCUUCGAUUUCCUUUUUGUGAAAAUGAAAUAAUUUCUUAAAAAUUGACUGAACAACGUUAUAACACGUACAAUAUUUUCAUACAUUAAGGAAUAAAUAACAUAUUAAAAUGGAUGAAGCGAAAUUUCUAAAACGGAAAGUAAGAUCUGGAGCUUUAGAUGUACAUCCAACAGAAAAAGCUUUGGUAGUAAAUUAUGACGUUGAGGCAUUAAUUCUUGGUGAAUUAGGGGAUCCUAUGUUAGGAGACCGUAAAGAAUGUCAAAAAAUAAUUCGAUUAAAGAGUUUGAAUGCAGAUACAAAUGUAUCACUUUUAGCUAAGGAGGUAAUAGAAAAAUGUUCUUUAAUACAUGAAUCAAAACUUCGUGAAGUAGAACAAUUGAUUUAUUAUCUGCAAAACCGAAAAGUAAAUGACAGUAGCACAAGUAAUGAUAACAGCUCUCAACCUUCAAGACCUACAUCAUCAAAUUCCAUAUCUGCGGAUAAUACAGAAAUAGAACGGGCUGUCAUUAGUAAUGUUGACAAUUAUAUAGAACUAUUAUAUGAAGAAAUACCAGGAAAAAUAAAAGGUUCAUCACUGAUUUUACAGUUGGCCAGGGUACCAGAUAAUCUUCAUGAAUUAACAAAAAAUGAAUCAUUAUUAAGUGCUUUAGCACGUGUUUUGAGAGAAGAUUGGAGACGUAGUAUAGAACUAUCCACAAAUAUUGUCUACAUUUUUUUCUGCUUUUCAACAUACAGUCAGUUUCAUAAUAUUGUUCUUGAAUACAGAAUUGGGUCUUUGUGUAUGGAUAUAAUAGAUUUUGAAUUAAACCGAUAUGAUCAAUGGAAAGAGGAUAUGGAAAAACGUAGGCGCCAUUUUGAAAAUACUACAGGAUUAACAUUUUUUUCAAGUGGAAAUGACAACUCCGAUAAAAAAACAAAAAUUGUUGAUGAUAUUUGGAAUACUGAUGGACCUUUAGAUUAUGAAAUUAAGAAACGAUCUAAUGAAAUAACUACUGCUGUAUCUGAAAGUGACAUAAAAAAAUUGAAAGAGGAACUUGAAAAAAAUCGUAAAAAGUUCAAAAGUUUGACAAAAAAGCAAGAACAGUUGUUACGAGUGGCUUUUUAUUUAUUACUAAAUAUUGCUGAAAAUAUGGAAGUUGAGAGGAAGAUGCGAAAGAAAAAUGUAAUUGGUAUGCUGAUUAGGACAUUAGAUAGAACAAACACUGAUUUGUUAAUACUUGUUAUUGCAUUUUUAAAGAAAUUAUCUAUAUUUCGUGAAAAUAAAGAUCUUAUGGCAGAAGAAAGUAUUAUUGAAAAAAUACCCAGACUUCUUCAAAGUAAUAAUACAGACUUAGUUUUGAGUACUUUGAAAUUAUUGUUCAAUCUUUCUUUUGAUGCAAAACUCAGAGCAAAGAUGAUAAGAGUUGGUUUACUACUAAAAUUAAUUAAACUACUGAGUCAAAGUGACAUAAAAAAUAAAACUACUAUUUUGGGCUUAUUGUAUCAUGCUAGUAUGGACGAUAAAGUGAAAGCAAUGUUUACAAACACUGAAUGUAUACAGAUAGUAACAAACAUGAUUUUAAGCUCUGAAGACGAUCACCCAAAAAUGGAAUUAAUAGCACUUGGUAUAAAUUUAGCAAUUAAUAGUAAAAACGCGCAACUUAUGGUGGAAAAUAACCGCUUACAAGGUCUUAUAAGAAAGGCAUUUAGAAAUCAGGAUCCUUUGAUAAUGAAAAUGAUUCGAAAUGUUUCUCAACAUGAUUCAACAAAAGAAAAUUUUGUCGAAUUUGUUGGUGAUUUUGCCAUGGCGUUAAAUCAAUCAGAUUCUCAGGACUUUGUAUUGGAAGUGAUAGGUGUAUUAGGCAAUUUAGAAUUACCUGAUCUGGAUUAUUCACAAAUACUUCAUCGAUGUGAUUUAAUACCAUGGAUACGUAAUAAUCUUGUUCCAGGUAAAGCACCCGAUGACCUAGUACUUGAGAUUGUAAUUUUUCUGGGUACAGCAGCUCACGAUGAAGAUUGCGCACGAUUAUUAUGUAAGGCUGAUAUAUUGCUUUCUCUUAUCGAACUUCUGAAAGCAAAACAAGAGGACGACGAAAUGGUUUUGCAAAUAAUUUAUGUGUUUUAUCAAAUAUCGAAACAUGAUUCGACAAGAGAUUAUUUAAUACGAGAAACUGGUAAUGAAGCACCUGGAUAUUUAAUAGAUCUUAUGCAUGACAAGAAUCCAGCAAUUAGAAAAGUAUGUGAUGCCUGCUUAGAUGUUAUUGCUAUGUGUGAUAAAAAUUGGGCAGCUCGUAUAAAAGUGGAAAAGUUUAGAUCACAUAAUCAACAAUGGUUAGAAAUGGUAGAAUCCAUAACAAAUGAUACUAGCAAUCAUUUGUUUCCAGAAGAAGAUGAUAGCCUUUCACCAUUCAUGAACGGUGACCUUUUGAAACAUACGAUGUUAUUUCCUUCCGGUAAUAUAACAUCAUUUAAUGCAGAUGAUCGAUUCUCACUUAUGAAAAAUUCUUCAGAAUCAUCGGAAAAUCAAAGUCGUCCAGUCAGUAGGUACAAAGACUUUGACGAAAUAGGUGAAGUUAUGACUCGUUCUAAGUCUCGUAUGUCUGUUGGUUCCGGUAUUGAAGAUCUUUAUUACAAUUCUAAAGUUAAAUUUCCUGAAUCAGAGAGUUCACACGUAUUGAUAUAAAAGGUAAUCCGCAUAAUAUAUAAUUCUAAAUUAAUUGUAAUUUGAACGUUUUAUUAUCUCUCAUAUAGAUAGAGAAAGAGUGUGUUACUUUGUGAUAAUUAUCUGCGCAUCUUUGAAAAGUUAGAAAUCUUUUUAUAAAUUUAGAAUAUUCUAUUUCAUGUAACUUUUAGGUAUUAUAUAUUCUGCACAGUGCAAGCAGCAAAAUUGGCGUCUGUAGACACGGAAUCACUGCAUAUGCAUUUACUGAGCAAAAGUUUUAAAACGCUUUAAAAACUGUACAUGAUACAUUGUUUUGAUCUCAUAAGUUAAUUGUAUACGUAGAAACAUUGAGUUUCGAUUAAUAUCUAGUCUUGUAAAUUUAUAAAAUGAUAUAGUUAAUAUUUAUAGUUUUUUUUUUACUUUGUAAUAUAAACAUGUGCAAUAACAUACUUCUGCAAAUGAUUAUUUUUAGUAUAGUUUUAACAUAAUAUGGUACUAGAUAAAUAUGUCUAUAACACAGUAUUUAGCAACAAAAGAAGAAUUUAAAAACCCCAGUCAGAACUAAUUUAUAAAAAUCUAUGUUAUAUUAGGAUACUUUGUAAAAGUUUGAAGAGAGCUUUUUUUCAAUUACUGAGUACACAUUCCACAUAUUUUUUUUUAUGUCU